AUGGUAGGGACUGUCCGAAUGAAGCAGCGUGAAGGCCUAGAUGCACCAGGUCAUUUGAUGUGUUCCAUUGUUGGCUUGAACGAUGGUGCGGAUGAACAGAACAAGUGGGUGCGUGUGUUGAAGGAUGUGGAGGAGGUCUGUGUGAGACAGGGUGGGCGGCGAAGGAGCGAUGCUGCCGAUGUGCUUCGCAACCGCAUCAACAAUGAAAUGCCGGCCCCGGAUGCAUCUGUUCCUGGUGAACUUUUGGGUCGUGAAGGAGCCCAAGAGAGGCGAACACUUCAAAAAAUUCGGAGAAUUCAGAAGAUUGCCCGUGGCACGGCUGAAAAUGAGCGGAAUGUGGAAUCAGCUAUGUUCCAAGUCAAACCUUCCAAGUUGGUUGUUCCGACCAGAGACGAACCGCUGUCGAUGUUUGAUCCGGCCACCUGGGGCAUGUCGUUUCCGGAUUUGUUUCCAUGGGGUGAUGGCUUGCCUUUUUUGAAGCGUGAAGCCAACAUGGAUGCAACAGAAGUGUUUCGAUAUUUGUUGCUUCGGGAAGAACUGCAUUACAGUGAGGGUGAUGCCUUGUUGCCAAGAUGGUCGCUUUCAGAGACGUUGCUUCCAGUGAUGUACGACGUGCAGCGUCGAUUGCAGUUGAUGCGUGCGACGAAAGCGCAUGUGAUGCGUCGUGGCUUUGGCAAACAUUGUCGUGUUAUUUCUGAAGUCAACACGGACCAAUUGCUCAAGGCAAUGGCAUUGCAUGGAGACAAUGCGGACCUCAGGGAGUUGCUGCGAGAUCCGCAGGUGGAUGUGGCCUUGAAGCGAGCAUUGGGAGGAGUGCUUCAGGCAACUUCGAGCAUCAUUGGCAUGGAAGGGCACCGCAGCCAGAUCCGGUUGCGUGGACAUGCGGCUGGGUGGCAUUAUGGUUCUGCGCAUUUGUUCGUCACGCCCAACAUCGCAGAUAUGCGCUCGUCCUUGCUACUUCAAUUGCACCUGCAGAAUGUCAAAGUGGAAGAGUGCAAAAUUGAUUUGGACUGGGAGGCGGAGAUGCCCGAAUUGCCCAGCGCAGCUGCUAUGCGACGGAUUGUCGCGAGCGAUCCCGUCGCUCAAGCGCGUUGCUUUGCCUUGAUGAUGGAUUUGUUCUGUGAGGAGGUGUUGGGCAUUCUUCCACCUUUGACCAAGGGAAGUUUUCGUGUUGGCGUGGCAGCAACCUUCGAAGAUGGCAUUGCGAGUUCCCUGCAAGGAGGUGUUUUCGGUGAUAUUGUGGCGUUGAACGGCCCGUUGGAGACCCAGGGUCGUGGUUCUUUGCACCCCCACAUGCUUAUUAUCUUGCUGGGACACGACCUGGGAGAUCGCUUGCGGAAACUGAUUCAUCGAGUGCAGCAUGGUGAGUUGGUCGUUGAGUUGCAGCGGUGGAGUCGUCGUGUUUUGGAGGCUGUGCAGCGUUUUCAGUAUGAUUCUCAAUUGGCCUUGUCGGAGCAGUUGAGCAGUCCGACAGAGCCACUGCCUCUGAAUGAACGUCAGCGAUCAGAAUGUGGUCACCAGUAUGAAUCCGCGCCUUUGGUGCCUACGGAGCCGGAUGGACACGAAUUGGAAGCCUUGAAGUUGGGCGGAUCCGUGGCUGGCAAGGUUUUGACAUUGACCGGAUGCUAUGCUUCUUUGCGACCCAAGUAUCUGCGACGCAGUGAACGUUCUGCGGGAGAUGGUCUCGAGUGGAAGAAAAAAUUCUGUGAGGAUUACAGACGUUUGGUGAUCCAGAAAGCCGUGAAAGGCAAACGUGGGUGUCGCUUUGGUUGCUUUCACGUUGAAAUGAUUCUGGGCAAGGAGGACAAGCCGAAAGUGUUAUGUCGGAAAGGUUGGCCUCGAGUUGCGAAAGCAGGUUUUUCUCGGUUGCAAUAUGAGACAGUAGAUUUGAAGGAGGUUGAAGAGUUCAAAAACGAAAACCCGCAUGUGUUUCAAGCUCGGCGUGAUCACCCUUUUGAAGGGAUGUCGAACCCGGUGGCGCAAGCAGUGAUGCGAUGCAAUGUGGAUGUCAAGUACAUUGGACGCAAUUUUUCAGAAGCAGACCUUUUGAAGUUUUGUGAUGGGAGCAUAGACCAGGAGCCUGGAGUCGAAGUUCCUCCUGCUUCUGCAUCUUCUCUGUUGGAACUGUCCGGGAGUGGAUUGCAGGAGAUGGAACUUCAACGCCCGGCGCUUGGUUCGUCUUCGGAUGCUAUAUCGGGUGCUGAUGCCUCACAUGCAGAGCAACCUGUGUCGACUGAGUUGGAUGCUUCGGAUCCGCCGCCGAAGAAGCAAUGCAUGGGUCGUGUUUUGGACACGGAGCAUAAGAAGAUGCAGACGAUGAGAAAGGCGCUUGAUCGCAUUCUGGUGGACCUUGCAAGAGAUAUGAUGAAUGUUGGUUUUUACACUGGUGAGUAUGCUGCAAAGAAGUUUGAAAUUUCGCGGAGUAUGUUACCUGAAUUGUAUGCAGGAGUGCAGCGAUUGGAAGAGGAGGAAAGGGAAAGGGCAAAGGAAGCUGCAGCGGGCUCCGAGCAGGAGCCCCCUGAGGGGGACAGGGACCCUACUAUGACAGGGCAACAGAGGCGUGCAUUGACGAUUUUGAGAAGACUUGCCUUUGGAAUGAAUCGUUGUGUGGCCAAAUCCAACGGUGAAAUGGCGUAUCAGUUGUUAUUCGAGCAGGAGCAACUGGUGACGUAUCGUGGCUACAACAUGUUCUUCCGCUAUGUGCCGUAUGCAAUCAUGCGUUGCAGACAUGAGGACAUGGAGGAGGUUUUGCAAGCUAGGCCGCAUCUCAAUGGCUCGCCCUUGGAUGUGCUUCCUGACCCCGAAGGAGAGGCACCAGUGGUGGUGGAUGAGUUUGCGGAGGUUGUUGAUGAGGGAGGUGAUGUGCCCAGAGUCCAGCAGGUGCAUGUGAACUUCAACCAGAAAGACGAUUACUUGCACAGGGGCUCUUCGGUUUUGUUGCAAUGCAUGUCUCUUUUGAUGUAUUCUCGCUUCGUUCGCAGAGUUUCGAGGAACAAAGCCGGCAAGGUGGAUGGAGUGAAGUUUUUCGACUUUGAUGAGCACUAUGCCCACUUCAGUUCCUCCGUUCAGGAUUGCUUGCGGUGGGUGGUUUUGUUUUUUUUUCUUACUUUGUUUGGUGUCUUUAAGUUUGAUAUUUGGAAAGUGUUAACAAGUUCGGGUGAAGUUGUUUAUUUCUGUGUUGAGCUGAAAUCAAAUUCGCAGGAAGUGAGAGCAGCAGAUGACAGUGUUGUGGUGCCUUCAGAUUUGCACCUUCCGAAGGAUGCUGAGGUGCAGAAGUACGCAGCUCACAUGUUGGGAUUAUCUUUUCCAUUCCCAACGUGUUCUGGAGAUUGCAGUUUGUCACAUCGAUGCUUUGCUUGCCACACCAUGGAAGAAGAUGCAAAGCAAGGCGUUCUUUUUGCUCGUUUUACGCUGCAUUGGAAGCACUGGAAAAGUUACAUGUCAAUGAGGAGGUGUUUGGCGGAGGAAAGAGUUUUGGCCGGUUUGUCUGCUCCGGUCAUCCGGGAUGUUGCAUCAGUGCGUUCCUAUGUUGCUGGCAUUGGUGACACCAGCAGUGCUUUUAGAUGUUUGGAGAAGCUGUUCGGUGGAGCAGAAGGAGCGGAUUGUCGCUAUCAUGACAUGCUGCGCAUCUGUGAGCGCGUUGCCUGGUUCGCAGACUUGUCCGUUCCGUUUCAUUACACUCAGUUGACAUCGCAAGAGUUCUUGGCCUAUAUUCAGACAUCGUGGUUGGAGCGUUUCCAGCAGCACUGUGCUGCACGUCGUCUCAGCAGCAGUCGUCGGACAGCUGAGCGUUAUGCUCUGAUGACUGCUUUGGACAAGGAGGAGGACCUGGAAGAUGACUCGGCACCGCCGGUUAUAGAAGGACACGAGGUCGAGGAUGAUCUGCUAUUGCAAGAAGAGUUGGACAACUUGGAACGUGCGCAGUGGCCGGUGGAUGGAGAAGCAUUGCACGAAGCUAUGUUUCGGGAAGAGGAUUGGAUGAAGGUGUUGGGCAAUCGAAAGCCAUCUGUAUUGCAGGAUGCGUUGCAGCGUUUGCGUGACUUUGUGAAUGGUUUGGGAGGUGUUCCGGAUGCGAGGAUUGAUUUGGGAAUCAAAGGCAACGCAGCCAGUGGAUUGGAGCGUAAUUGGACGUUCGCCGAAGCCCAGAGGUCUUUGAUGCUGCAGAAGCAAUAUUUGGAAUUUUGCGUUGGAGGUGGUGAAGAGGAUACUGAGAUGAUGGGAGAUCAUGUUUUUCGGCCUUUGCCAGAGACGGAAGAUGCCUUUUUGGUGGAGCUGAACCAGAGGAAUGUGGGUCCGAGUGAUUAUGCUUCUGCCUUGCUUGUGGAGCACAGUCUGAAUCGCCAACAGAUUUUGGCCAUUGCACCCAUUGCUUGGGUCAUGGAACAGAUGUGGCUUAACCGAAGCAAUCCGGACAAUUGCAUUGCGGAUGGUGCGUGCAAUGAAAGGUGCAAUUGUCUUUGGCUCGGAGCUGGUGGAUCUGGAAAGACGUAUGCAUACAGCAAAGUAUUGAGGCCACUCUUUCGACGCUUCUUUGGACAGGAUGGUUAUGUUGCUGGUGCUCCGACUCACGCUGCUGUUCGCCUCCUGGGGCCUGAGGCCAAAACUUUGCACAAGUGGGCCAAUGUGCACAAGAGCAGCAGCUUGGAUCGCCGCUCCUUGCGUUCGGCGAAGAGCAAGGGCAGCCCGAUCGAAAAGAAGAUCGAAGGCAUCAUGGCUAUGCUGUUGGACGAGUUGUCGAUGGUUCCUUCGGAUGUGUACCAUGCUGCUUCGCUUCGAUUUGCCACUGUUCGACAAGCUCGACUUAUGCUUGACAUGGGCGACUACUUGAAGCAGUGGUUUGGGAAGGUGCCCAUUGGUGUGCAAGUUGCUGACUUUCUACAAUUGCGACCCACUGCGCAAGCAUCCUUGUGCGAAUGGGUGGAUGCGCCACGAGCUACUGAUCCUGCACCGCCUCAAGAGAAGGAAGACCAAAGCGAUGCCGAAGAGGCCGUGGAGAAGGAGGCGGCUGAACGCACCAGCAAUGCCUCAGAACUUGGACGGAUCGCGUUCAAGCAAUCGCUCCAGCGAGUUGUGCACUUCACUGGAUCCGGUCGUUUUUCGAAGUGUGCAUCCGGACAGCAGCUUGUGAGGAUUCUUUUGUCCAUGCGGCGAGGCGAACAUCUGGAGGAUGCAUUGUGGGAAGCUUUGGAAUCUCGAGUGAUCAGCCGAGAGCAACUUUUUUCUGACAAUUCCUUGCGCUCAAGGUUGUUGAGUGCUCACUGGGGCGGCCUGGCGUGGGAACAGGUUGCUCGUUUACAGCAUUUGCGGGUGGCUUGGGAAGCUCAACAGAGGUCCACGACUCUUUUCUUGGUGCAAGCUAUUGAUCGUGCAUCGGGGCCCACAGAUUUGACAAGGGAGCAGAGCCUGAAGGCAUUGCAGGUUGUGAACAUGACAAGAACGCAGUAUCUCAUGGGCAUUUGCCCUUUGUAUGAAGGGAUGGCAGCACGUGUUAGUUGCAUUUUGGACAUGCCGAUGCUGAGUCGAGAGUUGCCGGUCAUUGUUCGCUCCAUUAAGUUGCACCUGAAGGAACCUGUAAUUUCAAACAGCAGUGGACGUGUCGUUUUGCAAUAUCAGCCGUUGGCCGUCUUGGUCGAGAUCGAUGACCCGGAAUAUCGUGCCAUUGAAUUGCCAGAUGGCAGUGCUCCGAAGGGACACGUUUGGCUGCGUCCCGUUACAUGUGAUCAGGCCUGGGAUCUUCCUCUUGGGGGCAAUCAAUUUAUGCAUGUUCAUCGCAAACAGUUGCCACUGGCACCUCGUCACGUUCUCACGCACUACGGUUUGCAGGGCAUCACUGCCAGACAAGGGCUGCUUGCUUUCAUGUCCAAACCGUCCUGGAUGAGUCAAGCGGACUAUGGCUUGGCUAUGUACGUGAUGUUGUCAAGGCCAACCAAGCUGGAAGAUCUGUGGAUAGUGGAUUUGCCGCCUCGCAAUGUGUUCGAAAAGUUUCUGCACGAACACAAUCCUCUUUUGGUGCAGCGGAUGCGGGAGUUUGAAGGUCAGGCCUGCGUGGACGAGCGGAAGGCCUUGAAGUAUGUGCAUAGACUUUCAUGGCAGUGCAUCCCUUGGGUGUCACAGCAUUUGUCUGCAGAUGAAAUGUCUGCUGAUCUUUUUGCUUAG